AAGAAGCACAGGCGCACAGUGAUGAAAUCAGCCGACCAAGCUCUUUGCAAAGAAACAUGGCCGUACGCCUCUUUGAGGGCAGAGAACAUGCAGCCGCUUACCGGCAGUACAGAGUGGCCCCGGAAGAAUUGAUCGACAGGAUCAUGAGCUACGUGAGGAAACAGACACCAAACCGGGUCAGUCUGGCUGUGGAUGUGGGCUGUGGUUCGGGGCAAGGGACGAUCCUAUUGGCUCCGCACUUCACCAAGGUUGUUGGAACGGACAUCAGCCCCGCUCAGCUGGAGAUGGCUCUGACCAAUAACAAGAACCCUCCAAAUGUAUCGUACCGGGAGAGUCCGGCGGAGAAGCUACCGUUUGCUUCCGGCGAGGUGGACCUUUUGACGGCCAUGACAGCGGCUCACUGGUUCGACCGCGAGAAGUUCCUCCUGGAGGCCGACCGGGUGCUGAGGCCUGGAGGCUGCCUGGCCCUGCUGAGCUACACCAUGGCGAUGGAGCUGGAGUACGGGGACGUCCCCCCCGCGACACUCAGCGACAUCUGUGACGAGUUCUACGCUGCCCUGCUUCCCUUCAGAGAUCCCCAUAUAGGAGCGAGCUCUGUGAACAUCUACUCUGACAUGUUCGACUCCUGCUCAUACCCAGACAAAGAGUGGAACGAGUGUCUGAAAGUAAAGAGGCUCUUGCCGCUGAACGGAUACUUCGGCAUGAUGGAGACCUUCUCCAGCUACCAGAAACUGCUACGAAAGGAUCCAGCUGAGGCUGAACGCCUUUCUAAUGACACAAGGAACAAAACAGCCCAGCAAGCAAAACGUGUGGAGGGGAAGUGCUGAGCCAUAACUUUUACAUGGAUAAGGAAGUUGAUGUGUGCCAUGAAGGUGUCCUCUCCUGACACAGAAGUCACUGUGGUUGUGAAUUAUUUCUAUUGGCUGGCUCGCAAACCACUCUGACUCCUGGACACCAGAUCCCGAGCCCCGGGUUAAAAAGCACUCAUGCAGGCUUCCCAAAUGACAUCAAAAGUGCCAAAAUGUUGGUAAUUGCUCAAAAUAAAAAGUUGGAUGUCUGAUUUUUAAUU